UGCUGUUCUGCAGAAUGAACAAAUCCUGCGUGUACCACCUGGCAACCACGAUACAUCUCAUUAUUUUAAUCUCGUUUUGAAUAUUCGUUGACUUCAAAUACCUGUAUUCAAUAGAGACGCUAUGCUUACUUCCCUCAUGUCAUGAAUAUGCAUAGACAAAUCGAGGCAAUUUGGAUAUUAAGUGUGUUUUCUCGCACCAAGUCUCUCAACUAGCAGUGAUUGCCAAAUCCGUAUAAUCCAGUGUCACGUGAUGUAGGUCAAGAGUUCACACAAAGACUUCAUUUCAUUGGACACUGGCCCGAUGAUGUAAACUUGUGUUUGCAUUGCUGGGUGGAUUCAGACGUCGAUGGAGUUGGGUAAUGUUAUGUUGGACAUAGAGCAGGUCGUUUUGGGGGAAGAGGUGAUGACCAGUGCCACAGCGUCCACCAUUAAGCCACAGACUGUUCCUGCUAUCCAACCCUAUCAGCAUGACAGCCUACAGUGUUUUCAAUGCUUCAUUACGUUUUGUAAUGCCAAGGCCAAGGAGAGGCACAUGAGGAAGAGCCAUCGUGAGGAAUACAAGCAGUCGCUCCAACAGACCGAUACGCUGUUCACCUGUUAUGUGUGCGAUCGUACCUACUCCUCCUCUGAGGAGCUGACACAGCACCAGACCUUACACAGACUGGAAGACAAGCCCUUCCGCUGCCCCCACUGCCAGGGAAGCUUCCGGACCUUCUCUGAGUUGACAGUCCACCGGCGACAGCUGUGCAAGGAGCGGCAGAGUGUGUGCAAGGAAUGUGGCAUGGUAUUCCGGGGCCCAAACCAGUUACGCACCCACCGCCUCACCCAGCACCCCCAGCCACUGGAAGAGGAGGAUGAUGACACCAAGACUCACCGUUGUGGCAAGUGUGGCCGCGGGUUUGAGGCAGAGGUGGAUCUUGUGCUGCAUCAGGAGAACUUUGCGGGUGAUCAGCAUUGCGAUGCAAAGGUCCUGGCCAAAAAACGUGGCCGACCUCCCAAGAAAGUGUCUGAGGCAGCAAACGGAGAGAAGAGUGGUGAAGCUGAGGAGGGGGGAGAGGAGUCUGUGGCAAAAAGAGGGAAAGGACCGGGGCGACCCCCUAAGGAGGAGCUCCAAAUUCCCUGUCCUGAAGCUGAGUGUGACCUCACCUUCUCCUCUGUUGCCCUUCUCCGGGCCCACAAGAAGGAGAAGCACGGGCGGCCGCCUCAACCUCGCAAGGCUCACCCCUGCUCUGAGUGUGAAGAGAGCUAUGCCCGGCUGGAGCAGCUCAAAGCCCACAUAGCCAGGGCUCACAGCUCUGGCCGACUCAACUGCCCCACCUGCGGCAAGAGCUUUAGUCGUGAGAGCAACCUAAAGGCACACCAGAAGACACACACUGAGGGAGAAGAGGCAACAGACAAAGAAAAGAGAUAAUCUCGGGAAAGGGAAUAUCAUCAUGAAAAAUGUAUGUAAUGGUUUAGGGUUUUGAAAAUAUAAUUUUGAGUAAAACAGGCCUUGAUGUGGGUGGGUUUUUGUAUGUUCAAGAUGGGGGUUUGGAAUAUGUGACAUACCAUACACAAAAGCACUUGGAUCAUUAGAUUGUUCCUAAUUGGUCCCACCGUGGUUAUUUUAAAGUGCUUUUAGAAAAACAACAAAAUGUACUGUGUAUAAAACUCUUUAUACAGAUGUGUACAUAAUUGUGAAUUACAACUGCCCCCCCAGAGUGGGAAUCUAUUUGUUUCCAUAUUGCCAACACCCUUAAAAAAAAUAUAAUUUUGUAUUGAUAUUACGGAUCUAGAGCUAGUCUAACGAGUUGCCUCAAAUGUGAGAAGUUUUUGUAACUUAGUAUUGAUUUUAGUAGGUAAUCAAUGGGUUUUAUGGUGUACCAUUCCACUCAUAAUUUAGUUUGUUCCUGUCAAGGCAUCUUCUGAUCAUGUACAUUUGUAUUGGUCUGGAGAAUCCAUUGUUCCGUGAAGGAUGUCAUUGUUGUAUUCAGGUGAUCUUGUACUUUUUUUCAUCCACAAUGAAAUAGUAAUGCAUUAAACUAAGGAGUGAUUUAAA